UUUUUAUAAGUAAAGAACGGAAGAACGUGGUUUUGAACGUUGGAUUUAAAACGUAAUUUCUUCGAGCAGAAAUUUGUAGAGUUUAAAGAUGAAAAAGAAAGGUGGAAAGAAAAUUAAGAAGUUGGAAGAUAAAGAGAAACAACAGGUAACAAAGAGAAAAGACGAUUCUUUAGAAUUAAGUGAUGAAAUUUCUGAGGGGAAAAAAAGGAAAUUUGCUUCAAACUCGGAAUUGUUUAAAUCUGAUAUAAAAGGUCUCCAUAAGAAGAAGAAACAAGUGGUAUCAAAUUUACAAGAAUUACAUGAGAUACUUGGUGCCGUUAAAUGUCCAGAUGAAAAAGAAAAAGAAUUACGAGAGUUUGUAUUUGGUUAUGAUUCUGAUGACUUAGAAGAACUGGUGGAAACACAAAAAGAAGAAGGUGAGGAACCAGAAAUUUGGAAGCCAAAAUGGAAAGAUGAAGAUGAUGAAAAAAUUCUUGUUAAAGAAAAAGCAGAAACCCUGAAAAAUUGUCAUCGAAGUGUUUAUUUACGAGGUGAUGAAAAGUACUCAGAUUUUGUUCAAGAAAAAUUCAAAAAACUAAUUGGAGAACCAAAGUGGGCAGAGUUGGGAAGAAAAGAUGAAGAUACUGGCUAUGAAAGUCCUGAUGAACUUUUGCAGAAGACUGGCAACUUCAUUCAGUCCUCUGAAUCCUUACCAAAAGGUAUUAUAAAAAUUCGAAAGUGCGCAAGUUUAGUAGAUCCUAAUUUAAAAUUGGCUAUUGUGAAAAGUGUUGAAUUCCAUCCCACUUCAAAAGUGGCUUUAGUAGGUGCCACAAAUGGAACUGUGAAUCUUUUUCAGAUAGAUGGGAAGAUUAACGCUAAAAUACAGUCUGUACAUUUUGAGAAGUUUCCAGUUCACACUGCACAUUUUACUGUUGAUGGAAAUGAAAUUGUUGUAGGGUCAAAUAAAUUUGGUCAUUAUUUUGGUUAUGAUAUGGUUUCUGGAAAAAUCAUAAGGAUACCGAUGGAAAAAGGAAUGGAACAAAAGAAUAUUCGCAGAUUUCAUAUGUCGCCUGAUGGAAAAUAUAUUGUUGUUCAUGGACGAUAUGGAAAUAUUCAUUUAGUGACUGCAAAAACGAAAGAAUGGGUUGGAAGUUUAAAAAUGAAUGGAGAAGUUAUUGCUGUUACAUUUAAUAAGGAUGGCUCCAAGUUAUAUUCUCAUGGUGAUGCUGGCGAAGUUUAUGUUUGGGAUAUGUCUUCCAGAAAAUGUAUAUAUAAAUUUAAUGAUGAAGGUUGUAUUACUGGCACAUCACUGGCACUUUCACCUAAUGACCAAUUUUUAGCUACUGGGUCUGAUUCUGGAGUUGUAAAUAUAUAUGAUAAUAGUAGUUUGCUGUCAACAUCUGACCCCAAGCCAAUGAAAGUUAUAAUGAAUUUAACAACAGAAGUUACUAAUAUGAAAUUUAAUUGUACUUCAGAAUUACUUGCUCUGUCUUCUUCACAUAAACCACAAGCUGUUAAACUGGUUCAUUUUCCCAGUAUGACAGUAUUCUCUAACUUUCCUCUAAAAGAUGAGCUAAGAUAUCCUAAUGCAUUAGAUAUUUCAUUGAAUAGUGGAUAUCUUUCAGUUGGAAACAAUGUUGGAACAACAUAUAUAUUUAGAAGGGUGUGACAAACGAGAAAAGACAUGGAAAGAACUCAAAAUGGCGUCAGUCAAGUUGUUAGAAGAACAAAACUGCUAAAAGUAAGUGAAAAUGGCUAAUUCAGCUAAAAUUACUUAUUUUUGGCCACAAAAGAAAGAGUAAAUUGGAAAAAAGUCAUUUGUUAAUAAAAGUCGUCAUUAUUCAAGCUAGAGGGCAGUCAAGCUACUAUGAAAAAUGAAAAGGCCCGAUUUGUUAAUAAUAGUAGAGUUUGGCCUUCUAAGUAAUUUAAAACUAUUAAAUAAUAGUAUUAAAGUAGUGCCAAAAUCUUUGGAGGAAAGAAAAUGUAUUUAGGAGAAAAAUCUGUACAUUUAUACAAUUUUUACAUUAGAUUAUCUGAAUCAGCCAUCUACUUUAUGCCGUCCCAUUGGGCUUUAAGCAUAAAAUUUCAUUAUCCAAAACUAAUUAUCUAAAAAUUGGUAAGGCUAAUGCCACCUUUUUUUAAGGUAUUUUUAAUUAUUUUAUGAGGAAUUUGGUUAUUUUUCA